AUGGCAGUGGGCUGCAGAUGGGAAGCUGGAAGCGCAUGGGGUUUUUCUCACUUGCUGGUGAAACUUAGGAAUUGGUACAGUGUGCUUCUGAAAAGCAGUGACGUGCGAAAACUUCCUGUGUACAGCAACAAUUGCCACUGGCAAGAGAUCUUCCGCCACGGCACUGGGGGAGAGAGAGUUUGCAACUUCAUGUCUCAUGAAAAGUGCCUCAAGAAUGUCAAGAUACCGUGCUCAUGUAUUGCCCCCAGCCUUGUAAGGGUUCCAGUUGCACACUGUUUUGGGCCUCCAGGACAUUACAAAAGAAAGUUUUGCACUGUGUGCAGAAAGUCACUAGAGUCACCUGCCUUUCGAUGUGAAGUUUGUGAGCUACAUGUGCACACAGACUGUAUCCUGUUUGCUUGCAGUGACUGCCGGCAGUGUCACCAGGACGGGCACCAGGACCACGAUACUUAUCACCACCACUGGAGGGAGGGAAACCUUUCUUCCAGUGCUCGUUGCGAAGUUUGCAAAAAAACCUGUGGCUCUUCUGAGGUGCUCUCUGGCAUGAGAUGUGAAUGGUGUGGCAUCCUGGCUCAUGCUGCUUGCUACAUAAUUGUCACACCAGAAUGUACUUUUGGAAGACUAAGGAAUAUGAUUCUUCCUCCAAGCUGUGUGCAGUUAUUUUCUCGCAACUUCAGCAAACUGCAUUGUUUUCGAAUAUCAGAAAACUUGCAAACAGAAUCAGAUGAAGAUGAUGAUGUUGAUGGGUCAACACAAGGGUCAGCAAAAGAUGUCCAGAUUUCGACAGACUCAAGUAAACAAACAUUAAAGAUAUUUGACGGGAACGAUGCAGUGAAACGCAAUCAAUUUCGACUGAUUUCAGUUCCAAGGAUUGCAAAAAAUGAAGAAGUUGUGGAGGCUGCUUUGAGGGCAUACUACAUAAACGAUGACCAGCAGGAGUAUGAGCUUCAGACUUUUACACAGCAGGCACUGCUGUCUGAUGAUGUUAUCAACAGGAAUGAUGCUGCAGAGGACAGCAACUUGGGCUCGGUAUUCCGAGAAUCUGUUCCUGAAGCUUGGAUCAUCAGAGCGAAACCAAAGGAUGAGGAAGUGAUCAGAAUUUAUCCUGCUUGGCUGAAGGUGGGAAUGGCAUAUGUUUCUCUACGAGUAAACAAGGAUAGCACGACGCAGACUGUGAUCAAAGAAGUGCUUCCAUUACUUGGAAGGCAGAUGGAGUGCCUCCAGAAUUUCAAAUUGGUUGAAGUGCUUAUGGGCAGUAAGCAAGUUCAGCGCAUGGUCUUGGACAAUCAGGAACUGAUUCUUAACAGACUCAAGGACAUAAGAAAGACUUCAAUACGUCAGAUGAAUCAAACAAGAUUUUACAUUGUGGAAAACAGUAAAUCCAUUGUACGAGUAAAUUUAUUUGUUGGUGGCCUUCCACCUCAGCUUUCCCCUGAAGAAUACACAAACAUUCUCAAGGAUGAAUUGGCUAUCAAAACAAACGUAGUAUCUGUGAGUCAUGUUUAUCAAGCACAAGGUGCUGUUGUACUCGAAAUUUCAUGCUUUUCUGAAGCUGAACGAAUAUAUAUGCUAGUUAAAGAUACAACUGUCAAUGACAAGCCUCUGAAUGCCGUGGUGAUUCCUGAAGUUAUGGCUUCCAAGAUACCACGGAACUGCUGCCCACUUCUUGUAUUUGUGAAUCCAAAAAGUGGUGGUCUAAAAGGUCGGGAUCUGCUGUACAGUUUUAGAAAGCUGCUAAACCCACAUCAGGUCUUUGAACUUACCAAUGGUGGUCCCCUGCCUGGGUUUCACACGUUCUCUAAAGUCCCCUCCUUCCGAGUGCUGGUCUGUGGAGGGGACGGCACCGUCGGCUGGGUCCUUGGUGCACUGGAGGAGAUCAGGCACAAACUGGUGUGCUCUGAGCCCUCGGUUGCCAUCUUACCUUUAGGAACAGGUAAUGACUUAGGGAGGGUCUUGCGCUGGGGAGCUGGCUACAGUGGGGAGGACCCCUACUCGAUUUUGGUUUCUGUGGAUGAGGCGGACGAUGUUCUUAUGGAUCGUUGGACUAUCCUUUUGGAUGCAGAAGAGCCAGCUGAAGGCGCAGAGAAUGGCAUUGCAGAACCUGAGCCUCCAAAGAUUGUACAGAUGAACAAUUACUGUGGUCUUGGCAUUGACGCAGAGUUGAGCUUGGACUUUCAUCAUGCUAGAGAAGAGGAGCCAGGGAAAUUUAAUAGCAGGUUUCACAACAAGGGAGUUUACGUGAAAGUUGGGCUGCAGAAGAUAAGUCAUACCAGAAAUCUUCACAGAGACAUAAAGCUUCAAGUGGACCAGCACGAGGUGGAGUUACCAAGUAUAGAAGGACUCAUUUUUAUUAAUAUACCCAGCUGGGGGUCCGGAGCUGAUCUCUGGGGGUCUGAGAGUGAUAACCGCUUUGAGAAACCACGCAUCGAUGAUGGCCUGCUGGAAGUUGUUGGUGUGACUGGCGUCGUUCAUAUGGGUCAAGUCCAAGGUGGUUUUCGAUCAGGAAUCCGCAUAGCCCAAGGCUCAUAUUUUCGUGUAACACUCCUAAAGCCAAUUCCAGUUCAAGUUGAUGGAGAGCCCUGGAUUCAGGCCCCUGGCCAGAUUAUUAUUUCUGCUGCAGGACCAAAGGUCCAUAUGUUGAAAAAAUCCAAGCAGAAACAGAAAAAAACUGGAAGCCUGAGAGAGAUGAGAGUGGAUAGUACAUCAGCCUCUGAAGGAGGACGCUAAGUGGAGACCUGUGCUCAGAAGUGAUGCAGCACACCUACUGUAGAUGCCAAGACGGUUCAGUAAAAUCGAGUGCAGACAACCAGUGAAGAGGGAUGCUUAUGAGUGUGCCUUUCAUUACAUUUUGAUAGUACUGGGUUCUCCUGCAUCUUUCAGAGAUAGUGCCUCAUUGUUAAAAAUAACUAUUAUGUACCACUUGUCUCAUCUGAAAUGUUUGCUUUAAGUUGCUUUUCCAUAAGCCGUUUCCCAGUUUUCCAUGUAUAUAGAAACUGAGGCCAAACAGAGAUUCCAAGAUGCUGAGAUUUCUGCAUCUACCUUCACAAAGACUCUUCCCCUCCUCCCACCUUUUUCUUAAAGAAAAUCAUUCCACAGAUAAAUUUUGGUUUAUUGUUCC